GCUGAGACAGUGAUGGUGGCCAUGAGUCACCAGUGCCAGCAAAAGCGGAACAGGACCAGGAUUCUGCGCUACUUCCAGGCGGUGCUGGGCGAGCCGAAGGAAAAGCACCGUUCCCACCCCGCGGCCACAACCUCCCGCCAGGCCCAGGAGUCGCCGAAGGCCGGCGACCCCCAGAAGACGGUCGUCAAAGUCAAGCGCAAGAAGACCAGGAGGGAGCUGAACCGGGCAAAAUUUGGCAAGAAGGUGGUGGAGAAGCUGUUUCGGUGCAAGGCCCCAGCCCGCCUAGCCCAGGCCGUGCCUGCCGCUGACCAGAGUCACUGCAGAGCUGUCGGCAGCCGUCGGGCGCCCGUCCCCAAACCCUCCCUCAACCCUGGCUGGAUUAUAACCCAGAACAGACUCACCCAGCACAUGGGGAUCUUCAACAAGGAGGUCAAGUCCCUCGACAUUGAGCGGCUGUUGAAGGGGCAGCCGGUACGAGAACGCUCCCGGGAGCCGGCAGCUGAGGUGGCGACAGACACAGUGCAGGACAGGAGCUGCACGCCCGCGCAGGCGGAGGCCACGGCUUCCCCGCAGCGGCCCGACCCUUGCACGCCGCUGGGAGACAACCACCGCAACACUCGGGCUUUGUCCGCCACGCCGGUGGAGACGGGCGGCCAACAGCCCCCAGAACCGACGAGGCAGGAGGUCCCACCGCCACCACCCACCACCGACCUGGCCCAGAGACUCGUCAGGACCUUGAAACCCCACCGACUGUUCCCCGGGCAAAACCUGGUGCACAACACGCAGCGGCAACUGAUCGACAUCCUGGUGGAGCGGCAUGGGGGGCAGCCGGGGACCUGGCUUCCGGCAGAGCUGACUAGAACUCCGCAGUCUGGCUUCAUCCCGCCCGACAGAACUGUUGCUGGGGGCAGAUUCACAUCCCCGACGGCUCAGACGAUGGAGGACUCGUUCCUGCUUCAGAGCGACGGCUCGGUCCGUGGACUUCUAUCCAGCACAGCCUCUACAGUGGUAAACGAGGCCUUCCUUCUAGACCAGGUCAAAAGCGGUGAUCUUGGGUGCCGGAAGCAGGAUGCCGGCAGCUUUGCCGGGGAGAGUUUGAUGCGAUCUUUGGACCUCUGCCCACCAAAGGGUUCCCCUCCGGGCGGUUGUGCGGCGGCGGGGAGCCGUUCCGGCUAUGGGGGAGCCUUCGACCCGGGCCCCUGGCCCUGGAGCGAUGUGGGCGGCCUGCAGCAGGUGGUGAAGAAGCCGGCAACGCUCCGCAGCUACAGCGCCGGCAGCUCGCUGGCAAGGAUCCUGGAGGCCCACAGGUCGCUGGCACAGGAGCGGCGGAGCUCGCCGUGCCAGAAUCCAGGCAAGGGGCUGUGGGUGGGCGAGGCCUUGGCGGGUGGGGACGGGCCUAAUGGGAUCAGGCAGGCCACAUGGCACGAUGCUCAGCGCCCGGGCAGGGAGCCGCCCGAGGGGGGCGAUUAUCGCCCCUGCUUCCCCCCCGCCUCCCCUUGGCCCUUCGCCCAGAAGCCUCCCUUGGAUGGGGGGAACCGGCCCCGGUGGUCCUGGGCUGGGGAGAAGGAUGGAGCAAGUCCCGGCCCAUCUCACCUCCUCCACAGCCACAGCUCGGCCUGGCUGCGCACCCCCCUGCCGGAGAACCGUGCACGUCCCCGUGGCUGGGCUGGCUGCAGGGAGGGUCCGGCCCUCCCCUCUGGGGCCCCUGACUGGAGGGCCAGCGGCGUUCCCAUCUCCUGGUGUUACCCGCCAUCAGAGAGCCUGGAGUGGAGCGAUUCCCCGCCGCCCAGCUGGUUGAGUGUGGCCCACAGAGUGUUGCAGAAGAACAGCCCAGAGGACUGGGUCUUCCCCAGGAUGAGAAUGUACUGAGCAAGCAGGGCCGGCGGGCAGCAUCCGGGACCCCCAUCACCAUGCAGGGCCCCAAAACCCCUACCCUCUGUACCAAACCGGGUUGGGAACCAACCAGGCUACCCCAUCACCGGGCAGCACCCCAACACCUACCCUCUGUACCAAACCAGGCCGGGCUGCAACCGGGACCCCCAUCACCGGGCAGGGCCCCAAAAACUCCACCCUCUGUACCAAACCAGGCUGGGCAGCAUCCGAGACCCCUAUUACCAUGCAGGGCCCCAAAACCUCCACCCUCUGUACCAAACCAGGCUGGGCAGCAUCCGAGACCCCUAUUACCAUGCAGGGCCCCAAAACCCCUACCCUCUGUACCAAAC